GUAAAACUGAAGGCACUAUCUAAAGCUUCAACGAAAGGUGCGUUUGAGAGAAAAUCCGAAAAAGCCCCUAAAAUGUCCCAGAAGCGUUUUCGUCUCCACCUCCUCCCUUUGUCGAAGAAGCAUCGUCAGUUUCCGCUUCCACGUAACGUGGUUACCGUCUGUGACGGAGUUCAACAGCCCUCAGACGCCACCAUAGCCAAUCUGGUCCUCGAAUCAGACCCACUCACUCUCUCCGAGGCCCUAUUCAAGCCCACAAUCCAAUGGGCGCCCGAGCUCGUGAACAAGGUCCUGAAGCGCCUCUGGAACCACGGGCCCAAGGCCCUUCAAUUCUUCAAACACCUGGACCGCCACCCUGCCUACAUCCACUGCGCCUCGUCGUUCGACCACGCCAUCGACAUCGCGGCCCGCAUGCACGACUACAACGCCGCAUGGGCCUUAGUAGGCCGCAUGCGAUCUCUCCGCCGCGGCCCAACUCCCCGUACCUUCGCCAUCCUCGCCGAGCGCUACGCCGCUAACGGAAAACCCCACCGUGCCGUCAGAACCUUCCUCUCCAUGCACGAGCACGGUUGCCGCCAGGACCUGAACUCAUUCAACACCGUCCUCGACAUCCUCUGCAAAUCGAAGCGCGUGGAAAUGGCGCACACCUUGCUCAAAACGUUCCGAUCCAGAUUCAAACUCGAUUGCGUGAGCUACAACAUAAUCGCAAACGGUUAUUGCUUAAUCAAACGCACCCCGAUGGCGUUGAAUGUUCUGAAGGAUAUGGUGCAGCGAGGGAUAAACCCUACGAUGGUCACCUACAACACAUUGCUGAAAGGGUAUUUUCGGAGUAAUCAGAUUAAGGAGGCUUGGGAGUUUUACUUGGAGAUGAAGAAGAGGAAGUGCGAGAUUGAUGUUGUGACUUACACGACUGUGAUUCACGGGUUUGGGGUGGCGGGUGAGGUUAAGAAAUCUCGUAGGGUUUUUGAUGCGAUGGUGAAGGAGGGUGUGGCUCCUAGUGUCGCCACGUGUAAUGCGUUGAUUCAGGUUUUGUGUAAGAAGGAUAGCGUGGAGAAUGCGGUGGUGGUUUUUGAGGAGAUGAUGAGGAAGGGGUUGUGUGUGCCGAAUGUGGUUACUUACAACGUUGUUAUCAGAGGUUUUUGUCAUGUUGGGGACAUGGAGAGGGCAUUAGGGUUUAUGAGAAGAAUGGGGGAACAUGGUUUGAGGUGUUCUGUUCAGACUUAUAAUGUUGUGAUUAGGUACUUUUGUGAUGCUGGGGAGAUUGAGAAGGGUUUGGAGAUGUUUGAGAAGAUGAGGGAUGAGCCUUGCUUGCCCAAUUUGGAUACUUACAAUGUUCUGAUCAGUGCUAUGUUUUUGAGGAAGAAAUCGGAGGAUUUGGUGGUGGCUGGGAAAUUGUUGAUGGAGAUGGUUGAUAGAGGGUUCUUGCCGCGGAAGUUUACUUUCAAUAGGGUGUUGAAUGGACUUGUUAUUACUGGGAAUCAGGAUUUUGCCAAGGAGAUUCUGAGAAUGCAGAGCAGGUGUGGUCGUAUUGUUCGGCGUUUGAAAUUGUGAGAUUUUCAAUAGUUGGAUUUGGAACACAACCCACAUGUUUUUUCAGCAGUUGAAAGUGCAUGUUGCAUGGUAUUGGAGAACAUGUUCCUCCUCAUUCUGUAAUUUGGACGAAGUUUCUGUGAUCUGGGGUGGGAAACUCACUGGUGGAUAAUGAACCCACCAUUGCUGAAAAUCUUGCUUUCAGGGUCUUCUCAUCCAGUUUCAUUGAUUCUUCUAACCUUGGUACAUUUCAAGUUUCAAUGUGACAUGUUGCUGAAAAAGUUUUAUUUUAUGAGCAUUUUUCUCCCAUGUUAUCCCAAGAUCUGCAUAUAUAAUACAAGGCUUUGCUGCAUUGCGUUGAUGCUACAAGAUUGGCUUGACAUUUUCUGGAUGAAGAGGUAAGGAUGAAUUCUGAAUUUGGUCACUCUAACAUGUUGGAAAGGAUGAGCAUAUGGGUCUUGUUGACUCCGACCCGGCCAAAUUUAACGGAAUAGGUCGGCUGGUUCGGCCGGCUUUCAACCCGAGUCUCGGAAACUUGUUUAUGCAUGAACAAUGCUUAACAGGGGCCAAUUUUGUUGCCCGUUUUGGUUCCUUCAAUCAUACCCAGAAUUCACCCAUUGCUUUCAUAAGAGUUCUGCAGAUAAUCUGGUGGCACCAUCCUUCAGAAUAGAGGGAUGAUGUUGGGCAAGAUAAUAAUGGAGCUCUUUAAUCAACGAUUCAUCUUCCUUGCCUCUGAUGUAAAUUCAACUAUUUUUGAAUUAAGAGUUCUUUGUAAUCUCUCUGUAUUAUUUGUUAGGAAGAAGUAAUUGUGUGGAAAUCAAAUUGUGGUAUUUGAUCAAAUCUUCAAGUGGAGGGUGGUGGGUGAUGAUGACGAAACUAUUCAUUAUUUUAAUCACCAACAUUUGUGAACUAAA